AUGUCUGAAAAUUCCCGUUCCAGGUCAGCACAUUUCAGUAAAUCUUGCUACCCAAUUACAGAAAACAUUUCUUCUAAAUACAACAAUGAUUCCACUUAUUCAAUUCAAACAAUUUUAAAUUCUAUUUUAAAUGUUGCAAUAUCUUGCUAUGAUUAUUUUCUCAAAAUAAUAAAGAAUUACAAGCGAACGAAAAUGGAGAAAAAAUCGAAAGAGGAACUACACCUUAAUAGAACUGAGUUUAUCGCUCUAGUUCUAGAAAGGUUACCUUUUCUAUACACACAUUCAAAGGAAGUGGAAAAUGCUCAAUGGAUAAAAAUUGCAUAUGAUUUAAAGAUGCGAGAUAAAUUAAUACCAAACAUAGUGAGAUACCAAACAGGUCCCUAUUAUUUUAUUAGCUUUGGUUCGAUUUCAACUCAGAUUAAAAGGCAGUUUUUCCUAUUGUUUUUAAAGAAUGAUAAGACAGGUAAUUCUCAAAUGAUUUACCCUACAAAGAAGCCAGUGACAAAGUUCAGCAGCCAUGAGUCGUGGGAUUCAUACUGUAAUAUCCCAAUCAAAAUAAGAAAGAAUGCUGCAAACGAAUUUUUUGAAUAUCUAACUUCAGAAGAGAUUAAAUCUAUCAUAUUAAAUGGCGAUCGAUCACAUGUAGAUUUUCAUGAAGAUACCAUUCUUAAAGACGAUUCUCAAAAGGAUUGGUUCCAUAAAUGGGGAUAUGUUUAUGAAACGGAAUCUGACUGUUAUAGGGCCCUAGACCUAGAGCUUAAAAAUUAUUCACUAGAGUUGACUGUGCUAGAUAAUUUGCUUAAGUUGGGUGUAAGUUAUUCUGAAGUACCCAAAACUUCUACGCUUGGAAUCGAAACUAUAAAAGAUUUGAUUGAAGAAAAAAGAGCAUUGAUCUUGGAAACAUAUAUUCCUGGAGCUGUUCAAAAGAAGGCCAUUAAAGCUGAUCAGCUUAGUAAAUACAAGGCUAAUACUGCAAAAUAUAAUGAAUUAAUGUGUUAUUAA